AUGGCGGGGCAGACCCGCCCCCUGGCGCGGCGCGCCGUAGCCCUGGCCCCCAGCCAUGCCAGGGCGAGGCUAAGGAAACUGGACAUAAUGGUUUAUCUGCGGCUCAAGUUCAUAGCAGCAUCAAAUACGGAUACAUUUUCCAAUCCAACAAUUUUAGGGACUUCUGAUCCUCUUUAUACCAACAAGAUGCAUGAUUGA